AUGCAUGCAAUGAUGAAUGAUUCAUGUCCUCUCUAUGAUGGCAGUUAUAGCCAAGACUCUCUCCUUAUUGUGUCACCAGGGACAAGCAGUAAGCAAGACUCACAAACUAGCAUCAGGGGUGCAUGCACUCCUGCUAGCAUAGCUAACAACAAGCAAGACUCUCUCCUCAUUGUGUCUCCAGAACUCGAAACAAGCAUAGUGCAAGACUCUCUCCUCAUUGUGUCUCCAGAACUAGAACUCGAAACAAGCAUAGCGCAGGACUCUCUCCUUAUUGUGUCUCCAGAGCUCGAAACAAGCAUAGCGCAAGACUCUCUCCUCAUUGUGUCUCCAGAACUCGAAACAAGCAUAGCGCAAGACUCCCUCCUCUUUGUGUCACCAGAACUCGAAACAAGCAUAGCGCAAGACUCCCUUCUUAUUGUGUCUCCAGAGACAAGCAUGACUACCAACACGCAAAACUCUCUGCUCUUAUCUCCUGUUGUAGACAGCAGCCAAGAGUUGUUUGUGUCCUCCAGCUUCACUAACUGUGAUGCUGACUCCGAACUACUCGAACUCAUGGAUUUUGAUCCCCAAUUUGAAGCUCCUUUGAAUUCAACACCUGUCAAGAAGCGAAGGACAGAAGAUCCUUUGGAAUAUGAGAGUGAAUCUCCUGUAAGCUCUCAUCGGUUUCAAUGUUGUGGAAGGGUGUGUAUUGCUGCAUUUACUCAGCAGGAAGUACAGAAAGUUAGAGGUAUCUUUAACAAAAAGAGAAGAGCUGACCAGAAACAGUUUCUGUUUGAUACCUCAUUGAUAUUUAUUCCCUCGUCAAGCAGACAAUCAUCGAGCUCAAGCAAGCUUACGAUGAUGCUCGAAGGAAAGCAUGUAUGCAAGAACGCCUUCUUGAAUAUUCUUGGAAUUUCAAACAAGAGAUUCAAAACAGUAACCGAACAAUUCUCAAAUGGCAUUCACAAAGCCACUAGAAAACCCCACGUGAGAGCCGAGGCCUCAAAAACGUCUGAAGCCAAGACUUGGAUGAGGCAAUACUUUAAUCUCAUUGGAGAUCAGAUGCCUAACAUCGAUCGUGUACACCUUCCUCAUUUCCUCACUAAGUACGAUGUGUACGUCAGGAUGAAGAGGGAGCUCAUGGCUGGAGGAAUCCCAGAAGAUGCUGUUGUGAAAGUUUCUACCUUUUACCGCUUUUGGAAAGAAGAUUUUUCGAAGGUGCUCAUUCCCAGUCAAAGCGCUUUCAGCAAGUGUGAUAUUUGCACUAAGUUUGACCAGGAAAGAAUGAAGAGUGGAUGGAGGUGUGAAUUUAAGGAGGAGUAUGAUCAACAUCUACAGAUUGUUCAGCAAGAAAGGCGGAAGUAUUAUGGUCAUCGGGAAAAAUCUAGAACAAAUCCACAACACAGUGUUACCAUCAUCAUUGAUGGCAUGGAUCAGCACAAGACCAAUCUUCCUCGCCUCGCAAAGAUCCCAAAGUCUGUGCAGGGAUUGCUUCCUCUCAGAACACACGUCACUGGAGUGCUAGUACACACCCGGGCACCUCAUGGAAAGUUAGCUCACGUCUACAUUGACAUGCUGCAAUUCCCUCAUGACUGCAACGUUACGAUUCAUGUGCUGCUCAAAUCCUUGAUUGCUCUAGAUCAUCUCCCACCAGUUCUCAACAUCCAACUGGACAAUACAGCAAAAGAAAACAAAAACAAGUUCUUCCUGGGGUUUUGCGCAUUGUUGGUAGAACGAAAGAUAUUCACUAAGGUGCGGGUAAACUUCCUACCUGUUGGUCAUACUCAUGAGGACAUUGACCAGCUUUUCUCAAGGAUAUCUAAGCAGCUCACUCUAAAAGGAGCUGAAUCUUUACCAGAUCUCCAAAAGCAGAUUACACAGUCAAGCACACCUACCCCAACGGUUGAGGUACUCAAUACUAUUUCUGAUGUGAGGUCGUGGCUGGAACCUUGUAUUGACAGACUAAAUGGUCACUCUCUUCCACAUUGCUUCAAAUUCUUUUUAGAAGAUGGGAAAGCUGUGAUGUAUUUUCGGCAUUGGAGCAGUGAUGCUUGGUGCAAUGCUGAUGUAGCAGUGAAACUACUUCUGGCAAGUCCGCAUGUAAUAACGUUUUUUUUGUCAGUGAUCAUAAUAAAUACCGUACAAGCACAUUAUGUAUGGCAACACACUUUGUGUUAG